CCGAUACCAUCUGUAAUCGCCAUAAUUCGAUAUACACGACCGCUCAUCCGAUUAUGUGGUGAAUUCGCGAGCUCGCAUCGACGUCGCGCGGCCGGGGGUGUCGAUGUCUGGUGCAAGCGGAUAGUCAGACAAGUCAUGGAGUACGGGUACUUGAGCGGGGCCGGCGGCGGGUUCGACGGCGGCUGCCUGGGCUCGGGCGGCGGCGAGCUGUCGUGGGGCGAGCUGGCGUCGUGCGGGCAGAUGUCGCAGGCGGCCUACCGCUACCAGGGCAUGCGCUACCAGCCGCCGCCGCCGCAGUGCGCGCGCCCGCAGGACGCCGCCAUGAGGAACCACCACAUAUUCCCGCCCGCGAUGAAUCUGCAACCGGGUCUUCCAUACAAAGUAUAUGGCGGUCACGAAGGCUCGCUAACGGAAAAGCGCAAACAGCGAAGGAUUCGAACAACGUUCACUUCGGCGCAGCUCAAAGAGUUAGAACGAGCGUUCCAAGAGACGCAUUACCCCGACAUUUAUACGAGAGAAGAAAUAGCCAUGAAAAUCGAUCUCACUGAAGCUAGAGUACAGGUAUGGUUUCAAAAUCGAAGAGCAAAAUUCCGGAAACAAGAACGUUUGGCGCAGCAGAAAGCCGGCGAGGCGCCGAUAAAGGCUGAAGGCAAACGGGACAAGCCAGGCUCGCCCGCCACCUCCCCGCACCCCGCCUCCGCGCCCGCGCAGCCUUCGCACCACACGCUACCGCACCUAUCACCUCCCGACUUGAAACCCAUCACCUCUGCAGCCAACAAGCUAUGCGAAGAGUUGAACGGCGUGGGCGGGGCCGAGUCAGUGAGCAGCAUGAGCGGCAAGUGGACCGGAGGCUGCGGGCUGCUGCGCCAGCCCUCGGGCUUUCCCCUCCUCGGCGUGGCGCCCCCCAACUACCUGCUGUCCGACCACCUCGGCACCCUCGCCAAAACGAACAACCAUCUUUUCUAAUGGUCACAACUAUUCUAAAACUUUAAUCAAUCUCCUAACCACGGCCUGAAGGCUCAUUCUGUAACGAUGCUUUUGUAACUCGACAGUGUGUCUCGAACUCAUCUCUAUCUAUCACCGUCUAAUCCCAUACUAAAGAUAGAGAGAGAUAAGGCAAAUUCGAAGCUCACUCUAUCGAAUUACAAAAACAUCGUUGCAGUAUAGCGCUACUGUUGCCAAGUUACACGUCUUUUUUUCUACAAGCGCUAACGCUUUGAAAACUAAACAUGCGUAUGAUAUAUCCCAUUGAUGAUUGAUCACGUGAUCUAUCGAUUACGAAUGUCAUCCCCAUACAUAUUUUAGCUAAGCCUUAGCGAUUGUAGAAAUAGAAUUUAAGUGUAACUUGGCUACAGAUCUGUAGGCUUACAAUGCGCACCACGUGAUAUCUCGUCAUGACAAAAAGACAUAACCUGUAGCGGCGACAUCCAAAAUAUUCUGUUCUAUUAUUGCAACGAAAUAGAGAGCAUUAUUUUCGUUUUCGUCGCUAUUGGUCGAUAAUAUCUUUUUCUUUUCUCGAAGAUAUCGUUGACGCAAAAGCCUACAAGCCAGGAUCCUAAAACGGAGUUGAAAUUCCCAAGUAGUCAAUGACACUUAAGUGAUAGUGAAUGUUUUCUAAGUGACAAAAACUAAUAGAAGUGAACUUUAUAACUUAGUGAAUAUUUAAAGUGAAACAUUCCAAGUGCCAAACAAUUGUGUCCAUUAAGUAUAGAUGACUCGCAAUAUAUUCAAUUAUAUCAAUAGGUGUUCUAAUCGGGAGUGAAUUUGUAAACAAUGUUCGCACUCCAUAAAAAGUGAUGUUUACAUUUUUAUGAUCAUGAUAUUUGUCAAUCUCAUUACAAAAUGCAUUUUGCUUUUUAAAAAUUUUGUUGUGUAUUUAUGUAACUUAAUAUGUAUUGCGAUACCUUGUGCAAAUUAUAUAUAAUUUACUGAGAAAAAUUUCUUGCAUUUAAUGUUAAGUAGUUUGGUUUAAUUUAUAUUGAAAGAACGUAAUACUUGUGUGGGAUGAUUUUUAAACCGUCGGCGCCAUUAAAUUGCCGCUUGGAUCUGUAUCUUAAUGCGGUGAUAAAUCACCUGCUUACCGCACCUGUAAUAUACCCGGGGAAUAAAACUUUAGUGUCUAGGAACAUAUGAAUGAGUGUCGAGAAUGUAAAUAUAGUCUUGUAUACGCUAACUGGAUUUAUACGAUAAGUGUAACCGUUUGAAUUUUCUAGCUAUUAGUGUAAACCAGUAAAGGAGACUACACACUUGUAUAAUAAUACUGUGUUUGCUGUAUACUAUUUUAGGAAUCGCUGCAACUUGAUGGGUUUGAACGAGCGAAGCUUUGCCGGUACACAUGAUAGUGACCCGUACUCAUCGUAAUAUGAGUACUGUACUAUAAUUGCACUCACUAAAAGAUCACUAAUUAUUCAUUCACAGUCUUAAAUUUAACUAUUUUAAAAGGGUAUUGUAGAAAUUAUGAUAUUAUCUACGAAACAUUAUUUAUAGUUUGCAAAAUUGAAAGUUUUUUCUAUACUAAAGAGGUAAAGUUUGUGGUGUUAUAGGAGGUAAUCUCUGGAUCUACUAUACCGAUUUUGAUGAUGAAAUUCUUAUACCACUUGAAUAAAAAUUUUCAACAAAAUCGGUUUAGUAGAUCCUUUUAUUUAUUAGUGUCAUAUGCUAUAUUUUAUGCCCAUGUUCUUACGGGAACGGAAACUACGCGGUAUAUAUAAAGGUAGAAUCACAACCAUAACCAGCAUAUCUAUCUACGCUAGCUUUAAAACUGCACAAAUAAUAAUGCUAUUUGCAUUAGGAUAAUUUGUUAGUGUGUUUGAGUUAUUUACACAAACUUCAGAAGCGAUAGUCCAUAAUUCUCUUCAAUGUAUGUGUAUGUGUAUGUUUUAUUUCUAUGUUCAAAUAAUAUUUACUACGUGUAAACUGAAAAUGAGGAUGCCACGGCUUCUAGCAGUUCUAGGACAAGGAUGACGCAAGCAUGUUACUUUAUGUUCUGGAUAGUAUGUAGUCUCCUUUAUACCUUACUGAUUUUAGCAGGCGACUGCGUUGUGAUAAGAAAUAGUUUAUAAUUAAAAAAAUACGAUCUAGUCAAAAUAAAAGUAAUAGUCAAUUUAAUUUACAUUGAAUUAUGUUAUAAAUUUAAUUUAUCAGAGAUUUAUUUAUAUUUAUAGUAAGUGGACGGUAUUUUAUAAUGUUGUUUACGUACUAACAACAAUGCAAUGGAGCCAAACAGUGUUGUAAAUAUGUAAACUCUUGUAAAUAUGUAUCAUGCAUUGUAGUGUUGUACCCUGAGUGUAUGUAAUAUUACCGAAGAGUAUGUGGAGGGUGUUUUAAUAAAAAAU